AUGAUAUUUAUUACUUUGAUAUUUCUUGUUUAAAGUUGUCUAUUGGUAGAAGAGGAAUUUGAACACAUUAGUUUGUAUCCAACUAAUGGAGAGUAUUUAGAAUAUUCUAUGAGAGACUUAUUUUGGGGAGAUAGUUAUUUUUAUCAUUAUGAACCCAUCAUACCAAAUGUUAAAAUAGCAAAUGGUUUCAACAAAAUAACACAAAUAGAAGGAUAUGAAUUUAUAUCAGUAUCCUCCAAUUAAACUCACUUUGCAACAAUAACAACAGAAAAUCAAGUACUUCUUUAUGAAUGGAACAAUUUGACUUUGAAUUAGUAUGGUUAAAUAGUUACCAUUGAGGACCGUUAUUAAUGCAAUAAUAUCCUUUUGUUUGCUGAUCUUGAAGUCUUACUUGAUUGUUAUGAUGGAAAACAAUUGUAUUUAUUACAAUUAAUGAAUACCAGCUUUAACAUAGUUUAUUCAAUUUAAGCAGAAAAGCCAAUUUCAUCAGAAAUUCAAGGAAUUUAUAAUGAAUCAAAAGCUUUCAUUAUUUAUUCCCAAUAUUAUGAAUUCAUCUAUUCUGACGCUAAUUUUCAUCUCAGCUUAUAAAUUUAACUUCUUACUAAAAUUAAUUCAUAUAAAUUAGUAUUCCUUUAAGAAUAAACCCUUAUAUAUAUAUCCUAAAAUUUUACUUUUGAAGAAACUUCAUAACAUAAUUCCACUUCAUAAAUUACCUUAAAUUAUUUUCAUGUCUAUUAUGACUAUUAAGCUUUAUCUGAAUGUGAUUAAAUAUUUAUUUUACAAUAAGAUUCAGAAAAAAAUAGGUCUGAAGAUUAUUAGCAUUUAUAUGGAUGCUAGAAUUAAUUAGAUUAUUACACAAUGCUUUCAUAUUAUUUGGAGUAAUAACCCAUUUAAAUUUUUAUGAAUGAUGAAUUUGUCUUAUUUUAAUUAUAAGGCUACCUAAAAUUGUAUUAGCAAGAGUAUAAUUAAUGGGCUAUUGCGUAAACUGAAAUCAAUCAACAUAAUUCUUAAAUAUAUUUCAAUCCAUUCAAUAACUACCUAUUUGAAUUUGACAAAUAAAUUAUUGUUUAUUAAUUAGUAAUACCCUCGUUAUAAAUUAAUUUAACAGAUUAAUAAGUUUAAACCAAUACAUAUGAUAUUACAAUUUAUGCUUCAUUCUUAGAUCUGGGCUUUAACAAAAUGUGUAGCGUUUAGAUUUCUAUUACGAUUUUAAAUAAGAAUGAUACAAAUAUUUAUGUAAUAUAUCAAGAUAAUACAUUUUAAGAAAUUUUCGAAUUUACAAAUCAAUAAUUUUCCUUGGCUUAAUUAUUAUAAAUAAAAUAUACAACCAAAAAAGGUGAUCCACAUAACCUCUACUUUAUUGGAAUCGCCAAAAAAUAAAUAUAAAUUUAUAUCAAAAUCAAGAAUUAAAUAUUUAAACCUAUUACAUUAAUAAAUAUUACGAAAUAGGCUUAGUCAUUACAAGUUCCUUAUAACAUAUAUGAAACAUUAAUAAUAGGACUAGGAGAUAAGAACACCGUCUAUCUAUAUUAAAUAUAUUCAAAUCCAUUUUAAGAGUAUAGAGAGUAUAGAUUUAAAUAACAUUUUUCUUAAUUUUUAAUUACAUAUAAUUGCUUGAUAACACUUUUUAGAAACAGAGAAAUUUAAAUCAUGUCUUUGAAUUUUACUGGUCUAGUAAUAAUUGACUAAGAUUUGAUUCGUAAAUUAUUUAAUUUAGAUGACUUGCAUUUUACUCCAAUUUAAAUUACUGCAAAUACUAUAUCAUUAUCUUCAUUUUUAUUUAUCAAUAAUAUCAAGAAUGUCAUAAUUCUUACUAUUAGUUAGAAUAAUCAACCUCUACCAAUUUCAAUCAUCAAUUUAACCUUCAAAAUUAAAUAAAUAAACAUUGUUAAUCAAUAAUUAGUUUUGUCCUAUUUGUGCAAUUCUGGGUUUCAUCUUUGUUUCUAAGUUUGGAAUAUCCAAAAUUAUUUAAAACCCUUUUUUGUUAAAAAUAUGAUGAGUGUGCAUUACGAUAAUCAGAUAUAAAUACUAUCAGAUAAUUUGUUUUUUUAUGUUUAAUUUGCAAAUUACACUGUAAUGGCAUAUAACCCUUACCUUCCAGAACAUACGAGUUUAUAUUACUAAAUAGAAUUAUCAUCCAAAUUGAUAUGUACAGUUGGAACAACUGGAGAACGUUAAAUAUAAUCCUUAAUAUUUUAUGAAAACAAGAUCUCUUCAUUAUCAAUUCGACUUAAAAUUGAACUUUAAGUAAAUUAAUCUCUAAACUUUGAACGCUCAUACCCAUUGGUUACUUUUAAUUAUUCUGUUACCUCUUUAUUAAAUGAAACUGCUUUAUAAUAUACUCCGAAUUAAAGCUAGACUUACUUAUCGAAUUUCACAUACUUUUAACCAGUAACAGUUAAAACCCUAAAUUUAUCUAAGUCAGAUUUAAAUUUGAAUGAAAGAACCUUCACAAUACCUAUGGAUAUAAUACUUGAUAGGUAAGUAAGUCUUUAUAAAUUCUCCGAUAAUUAAGAUAAUUCUAGGGUUUAAUAUUUUUCAAAUAAUCUUUGUAAAUUUACAAAUUUUAGUAAUUAUAGCAGUGAACCUAACAUCCUCGACUUCAAAUUAGUUACUGCAAUAAAUAACUCAUUUUUUGUUUUAUAAAAUAACAAAGAAAUCUAAAUAAUAAAUUAGAAAAAAUAAUUCCUUUACUCUUUCGAUUAUUAGUAUUUUAAGUUUUCUUAUUGCUUGAAAUCGACAUCCUUCAAUUAUACUUUGUCUUCUAUUUGUGAAAACUAAACCGCUUAAUAUUGGUUAAGCAUUACUUUUGACUAAUUAGGAGAAGUUAUUGAUAAAAAUAUAUCUUUGAUUCCUAAUAGAUUUACCAAUAUAUCAAAAAUUAUUAAUUUGCUAACCCUGAAUUUUAUCUUAGGUUCUUUGAAUUAAUUAGAUUAUUAAGUAUAUUUAUUCAAUUCAACAAGCGGCAGCAUACAAUAAAUUGGGUAUAAGAGUUACCAAGAUAUUUCAAUAGCUCUAUUCAAUUCUAGUAUAGAUAUCAAUUUAGAAAAUUUAGGGAUUAUUUUUUACGUUUAAGAAGGUAUUGUAAAUUACCAAUUAUUCAAAUUUCGAAAUAACUUGAUUGAAUUUUGGGGCAUUCAUUAAUUAAUGUGGAAAUCACAUUACACUAUAUUGUACAUAAUUUACAACUAAGCCUUCUUGAUAAUCACUAAUAAUGAAGGUUUAGGGUAGCUUGUAGUUUUUAAUUUGACACCCAAUAAUAAGUUCUAAUUGCUCAAAUUAGAAUCGAUUAUCGCCACAAUCCCAGCUUAUGGCAACUUAUAGCAAAUUCCAAACUUCGCAUAUUCUAAUGGUUUUCUAAUUCGAUAAUUUCAAUAAGAAAAUACAUAUAUUAUAGGAUUUUAUAAUAUAACUCAAAUUUUCAAGAAAAAAUUGGAGGAGCCCAUUUUGAUGAUGGGAUCAUUAAACUCUAUAUCUUAUGAAUAUGCUUUAAUCACAAACAAAGAAAAUCAAAAUGCUACGUGCCUUGCAUUUCGAAAUGGGUCUAUAAUUUUUUAUCCUAUUAAUACUAUAAAUUUAAAAUGCCAUUUCAAGAAACAUAAAGAUACGGUUAAUGUGAAUCUUUCAUGUUUGAAUGAAAUUUCAUCAGGAUUGUACGACUUAACGUUUUAACUUCCCGAUUUAUAAACUAGUAGAAGUGGAUGGAUUUAUUCAUUAAUUAUCAUAAUUAUAAUUUAACUAAUAGGCUUUUAUAUUUUAAUUAAAUAUAGAAUGAAAAAUAUUGGUUAUAUAAAUACCUAAAUAGAAAUUUGA